AGUUGGCAAUUCCUGCAACAAUAGUAAAGUGAAAAUUUUUUCUCCUCUUCGGUGGUUUUCCAGCUUUUCCGCUUUUAUUUAUGUAUAAAAGAAUUUAAAAAUAAACAUUUUAUUAACUAAAUGUUUAUCAUUAAAGUAAGAUGUGCAAGUAUUAAUUGAAAUAUACUAUACAUAUAUUGGAAAUGCACAGAGAAGCCUAAUGUGAAAUAAGUGCUGUUUGUCGUGGAAUAUUUAUUGCAGAAAAUUGUGUGCCACAUAAAGUGUAAUAAUAAUAGUAACGAUUUUUUAAGUAAAUGGGCGGUAAUAGCACAACAAAUACUUUUACUGCUGGUGGUUAUAUCGGACCUGCUAGUGGCAAUAGUGUUGGUGGUAGCAGUGGAGGUGCAGUAGGCGGUGAACUUAUAGCAAAUAUGAGUUCUGCUAGUGGUACUUCAUAUGCUUACGGCACAAGUUGGGAGGAAUUUUGUGAACGUCAUUCGCGUGUAGCUGCAGCUGACUUUGCUAAAGCUUGUAUAAACUAUAUAAAUGGAAAUUUGCCACCCGAGGAGGCGCGCAAUAUUUCGUAUCGCAGCUUUGGACAAAAGUUUGCCGAAGCAUUUGUGGAGCACUUCGAAACUGAAUUUUGCAAUAGGCGUAGUAAUCUAAAGACUGGUAAUGGAAAUUCAUUAGAAGAAAGUGGCAGCACUGUGGAAGAUUCGCCGAAAAUCUUUCACAAAGCAUUCUUUCGGCGACUUUCAUUCAAAGGUCUACGCAAGGGCAAGAAUUUCUUAUUCCUGCAGACGCUUUUUCAUAAGAACAGCGAUGAUUUGGAUGGUAGUAAACACAGCAAAACAAAGAUCUCAAAAAUUAUUGUUGAAUGUCGUAAAGAAGGCUUUGUUUACAAUUUGACACCCGAAAGUUUGGAUCAACCAACAGGCACACAAAAAUGGGAGAAAUGCCGUCUCGCAUUAGUGAAAGCAGUUGGUGGGUAUAUGUUGGAGUUUUAUACGCCACCUAAAUCUACAAAGCCUCGUAGUGGCGUUUUUUGUUUCCUAAUAUCGGAGGCAAGGAAAACAACUCGGCUAGAAAUGCCCGACCGUGAAAACACUUUUGUAUUAAAGGCAGACAACAAUAUGGAAUAUGUGAUUGAAGCAGAGAGCAGUGAAGAAAUGCACAGCUGGUUGGCCACUAUACGCUACUGCAUGCGUACACCACCCACGCAGCAAUUGCCCUUGGAUUCGGCAGAUGCACUACUAACGGGCGGUGGUGGUGUCGGCGGCAUAAUGGGUGGCAUUUCAGCAACAAAUUCAAUGGCUAUGAGUCCCAGUGGCAAUUUAACUGCCGCAGAUGGCACUAUCCCACGUACUGGUGGCAUUAAUAAUCCACAAUACCAUCAAACAAACAUACUAGGCUCUAAUGGCAAUGUCGGCCCAAGCAGUUCGCAAUCGGAAAAUGCGCUCGCCUCUGCGAAUGCGAGCGUUGGCGCAACAACAAAUGAUACAAAUGCAGCAGAAGGUAUACCCGAUAUACCGCCGCGGCGUGUCGGACCUGGCGAACGUGGCGAGCAACGCCUAUCAGCAUCUAGUAAUUUCGAAGCCGAAGGCGAUUCCGAAUUAGAUAUAAAUGUAGCAGAUUUAACGGCUGAAAUGCGGCAGUAUCCAUGGUUUCAUGGUACACUGCCGCGUUCAGAAGCGGCUCGUAUGGUAUUACAUUCAGAAGCGGCAGGACAUGGUUUCUUUUUAGUGCGCCAAAGUGAGACGCGUAAGGGUGAAUUUGUGCUCACUUUCAAUUUUCAAGGGCGUGCCAAACAUUUACGUAUGACCUUAUCGGAGAAGGGUCAAUGCCGUGUGCAGCAUUUAUGGUUCCCUUCGAUUCAGGAGAUGCUCGAGCAUUUUCGACACAACCCAAUACCAUUAGAAUCGGGGGGAACAUCAGAUGUAACACUAACCGAGUGGGUGCAUAAUCAAGGAGCUUCAUGUAGCACCACAAUCGAUGCUAGCAGCAAUGCUGAAACAAAUGGUGGGCAUCACCAACAACAACAACCACAACAGCAACAGCAUUCAUCACCGAGACAUCCGCAGCAUGUAAUAACAAUGAACAUGAGUGUGCGCUUAAAAACUAGCGAAAUUGAGUUACCGUUCCUACAGCAGCAACAAAUAACGCAGCAGUCGCAUCACCAACAUGUACACUUACAUCCGCCGCAACCGCCACUACAGCAGCAUCAUCAGCAGCAACAACAACAACAAUUAAACGCGCCACAACUACGCGCGUCAACAGUAUCACUGCAAUUACCGAAUCCACAUCACACUGGUGCAAGAGUUGCGAGCAUUAAUGAUUUGAAUGCAAAUGAAAUGGGUCCACGUGCGGUCGACAACCAGUACAGCUUUGUGUAACUCAAUUCCGCUACGAAAAAUUUAUACUUGGCAAAGCCGAAAUACAAUGAAAACUAUAUUUACCUAUAUACAUGUGUAUACAUACUUACAUACAUAAGUGAAUGUAAGCUUAAAGCCGUUAGUUUUGGUUUAGUUCAUUUAUACCAACUUAUUUCAUUGCCUUCCGUAUAGAGAGUUUGCGUAAUUCGGCAGUUUGUGCCAUGAUUUCCUUUUAAAUUAAAUAAUAUUUCGUUAAGCUUCUAAUGUGUUCAAAACCUAAGGGAAAUAUGCAUGUAUAUUUCGUAUUUGUAAAUACAUAAUACAUAAAUAUAUUAA